AGAUAUAUAUAUAAAAACAAAUUGUUUAUUUCAAAUGGCAUGGCCGACGAAAUUUCUGCUAAGCGACCCAAGAUGACCGGCGAGUCGACGACCACCUGCGCCCACUGGGUCGAGCGCAAGAAGCGUUACUGCAAAAUGACCGUAAACAAGGGCAGCGAGUUCUGCGGAGCCCAUGCGCCCGCCAACAAAAGCUCUGAAAUAGAAAAUAGCGACGCAGAGCGCAUUCCCUGCCCCCUGGAUCCCAACCACACGGUCUUCAAGCGUAAGCUGGAGAAACACCUCAGCAUCUGCAAUGCCCGCGAACAACAAAGUACCUUGCCUUAUAUAGAGAAGGGCAUCAAUGCCGGCGAUGCACUGCUGCCCGAAGAUGAGGUGGCACUCGCAGACUACCAAAAACUUAAGCUGCACGAGCUGGAGGACAGCGAAUUCUAUGGCGUGAUUGACAAAGUGAACCGUUUGUACACAGAGCAUAUCGAGAAUACAAUUGACGAGCUGCAGCUGCAACACAAAUCGCUGGAAAGGGAGCUUAAAAUAGAAGAUUAUGGGCAGGAAUCGCGGAAGCAUUUAAUACAAACAGCGGCCUUGUUGGGCAUCCUAGAACACGACAAGCAGCUCGCCAGCAACACUAGCUUCAUUGAAUUUGGUGCAGGCAAGGGGCAACUUGCGUAUUACCUUGCCAGUGUGCUGGAAUCGAUGCAGCUGGGGAAUUCACAAGUUGUGCUGCUGGAUCGGCUCUCGCUGCGUCACAAAAAGGACAAUAAGGUGGCCAACAAGGAGCUGGUGCAACGCAUACGCGCCGACAUAGCCGACUUCAAAAUGUCCCAGUUACCGGAGCUGCAUCGCACCCAACAUAACGUGGCGCUGUCCAAACAUUUGUGCGGAGCAGCGACAGACUUGACGCUGCGCUGCGUUCUGGGCAAGGAAGCCACCAACACCGAUUACAUACUGAUUGCGCUUUGCUGUCAUCAUCGCUGCGAAUGGCGCUCCUAUGUGGGCAAGCAGUGGCUGCAAACCACUGGCAUCACGCCCAGAGAGUUCGUCAUUAUAACCAAAAUGGUUAGCUGGGCGGUUUGUGGCACUGGCCUGAGUCGUGAGCGGCGCAAGGCCAUGGCCGAGGAUAAGACCAGAGCGGAGCAGGAGGAUACGGAAGAGCAACAGCAACCGAGUCAACGACUAAGUCGCGAGCAGCGCGAGGAAAUCGGCUACAAAUGCAAGCGAGUCUUGGACCAUGGUCGUCUGAAAUAUCUGCAGCAACAUGGCUAUAAUGCUGCACUAAAAUUCUAUGUGCCACGCGACGUAACGCUGGAGAAUGUCGUGCUGCUGGCACGACAAAAGGACAAUAGCUAACAUGAUUCUUCCAAUACUCAUGCAGACCUGGGAACAGGCUUAAAAAAUGUGUUGCUUUGCAGCUCCAUGAGAUAUUUUUAUGUGCCGUUGACGUUUUCUGUAAAUUUAGCUUUGCAUUAAAAGAUUAUAAUUGUUUUUGAAAUUGUAAA